AUGAUUGGAAGAAGAAAUAUCACAGAUAUCACUCAUUUCAUCCUCUUGGGGUUCUCAGAUUUUCCCCGACUCUUGGCACCAUUCUUCAUCUUGUUCCUAUUCAUGUAUAUUGCUACUUUGACUUGGAACUUGGGCCUCAUUUUCUUAAUACGAAUGGAUUCCCACCUGCACACACCCAUGUACUUCUUCCUCAAAAAUCUAUCAUUCCUAGAUAUCUGCUAUGUGACAUCCACAGCUCCCAAGAUGCUCUCUACUUUCUUCCAAGAGGAGAAAACUAUCACCUUUGUGGGUUGUGUUGUUCAGUACUUCAUCUUUGCAACCCUGGGACUGAGUGAGUCUUGUCUUAUAACUGCCAUGGCUUAUGAUCGAUAUGCUGCCAUUUGCAAUCCACUGCUCUACUCUUCCAUCAUGUCUCCCACCCUCUGUAUCAGGUUGGUUGUAAUGUCCUAUGUGGCUGGACUCACGGGUGCUAUCCCCCAACUGUAUGCCAUACUUCAGCUCCAUUUCUGUGGGCCUAAUAUCAUCAACCACUUCUUCUGUGACAUGCCCCAACUCCUAGUUCUGUCCUGCAAUGCCAUUUUCUUUAUAAGGCCCAUGAUGGCUGUAUUAACAACUGUCUAUGGGAUAUCAAAUGCUGUAAUUAUCAUGAUAUCCUAUGGCUUUAUUGUCAAUUCCAUCAUGAAGAUCACUUCAGCUCAAGGAAGGUCCAAAGUGUUCAACACCUGUGCAUCUCACCUGACAACUGUUAGCCUCUUCUAUAGCUCCACUGGCUUUGUCUACUUGAGUUCCAGCAUUGGAAGUUCCUCAGCCUUUGACAGAUUUGCAUCUGUUUUCUACACUGUGGUUAUACCCAUGUUGAAUCCUCUAAUUUACAGUCUAAGGAACAAGGAAAUAAAAGAUGCCUUGAAGAGGUUGCCCAUGAAGAGGGCAUAUUGCUGA